CUGAUUUAUACAUUUCCUUUCAGAGCGUGUCAUGCACAUUUUUUUUGAGCUCUUGCACUAGCAGGAUUUAAAUUGUGGUGGUUUUCAUUGAUCUUGACCACCUGAAAACAGAGAGGCCUGUUUGUGAGCAAAGAUGACAUGGCUUCUUGGGAUUUUUACUUUUUGGCUGUUGAUGGUUAUGAUUUUGGCACAGAAGAGUUCCAAUGUCCUGUCUACACAGAGGAAUUUCAAUGUGGUGCCAGCACAGAAUUUUAACCAACGAACAGGCCUGAAGACUGAUUGUCUGGGAAGUUAUAUGAGGCUAACUGUAGACAAGUCUCUUACUCUUGGAAAUCAAGUUGAAUUUGAUGCUCUCAAUGGCUCCCAAAUUGAAUCUUUAACUCCAAGCUUGGCUGCCAAAUGUGGUUUUAGUAUAGACUCUGAUCCCUGGGGUAACUACAAAGUCUUUGCUUCUCUCCUCAACUGUUUUGCAGCAAAUGAGGAUGAUAGCGAGUUUGAUGUUGACAUGCGCAUCCGGGUGGAUGGUGUCAAAUCGGAACAAGAUGUCUUUGAAGUGGCGAAGACCUGUAACUAUGACCAGUGGGCCCCGCGUGAAGUCCUUUGCACUCGGAAUUAUAUGGAGGUUUCUGUUAAUCGAUUGCCAGAAGAAAUUACAGCUUUGCGUAGGCGGCCUAUGCCCCGAUCAAAAAUGUUAGAUUACCAGUGGACCAGUACUGUUCCUGAGGCCAUUACCUCUACGUACAACAUCUGGAGGAUGGUGUUUUUCACGCCUAAUCAGAAAGCUAUGUUGUUGGAGGAUGCCCUGAGGACAGGAUAUGGUGUAACAACAACCAGGUCUCGAUUGGUGCUACGAAGUGGUUAUGACAUGCCUGACACCUAUGUGGAAAAUGUGGCAGGCGUGCCAAUGAAGAUCUUCAGGGUGACCACCUACUUCAAGAAACAGUGGUCCGUUACCAUGUUGGAUACUGUUGCUGCAUGUCCAACUGGUGGGCUUUCUUUUACGGAUGAGAUGAUCACCUGGAACUUCCCCCGGUUUAAUCCACUAAUGCGUUCUACUCAAAUCAGUAUCCUUGGGAUGUUCAUGGGAAUAGAUGGAAAGCAGAUAGAUUCGGCGCAAAUGACAGCUAGAGGCUACGUUUUGACUACAGUAGAAGAUCACUUCGUAAUGAAAAUCCCAAUGGGUGGACCAGAUGGCUAUUACAAGAGUCAUGCUGUAAACAACCAGUACCAUAUCACAUACAACAUUGAGCCAAUGCUGGAGUUACUGUGGAGUGAGGGAGGCAUGGAUGCUACAAGAUACAAAGUCCUCUUCCCCAUCAAGACCCCUUUUAUGCCUAGACCACCCCAGUUUGUUGACUUCACUGAUGCAGACCAAAGGAUUUUUGAUGUACUCUUGGGUCCUUUCCUUUAUGACACUGAGUUGGCGAACCUUACCUUUCCCACUGGAGUCUUUACUGUGGCAGAGGCCAAUGCAAUGGGCAUCAACGUACAGGAACAACGCUUUCAAAAUGGCUCCAAGGCGUUUAGACUUCAAGUUCCCUUCGCUGACACGGUUGUUGUGAGAACUCAAGUCGAUAUGACUGUUACAGUUUAUACUCUUCAUGUAACCUUCGGAUUUAUGAUCCUGCCUGAAUACACUCCAUUCUCCCACACGUCAUCUGUUGACGUAAGCCUUCAAGAUAUCGUUCUCCCAACUGUGAAUGGAACUUGUGAUGAAGAGAAUUUCUACGUUGUAAUUUCAUUUGGAAAUCUGGGCAAAAAUUUUAAUAUCAAGUUGGGUGUGCGUGACAUGACACCAGACCUGAGAACAGAGUACGAUAUAAAGGAGAAUGCCGCUCAUAUGAGCUUGACAGUGCCUUUCCUUUCAUCUGAUGUUGUGUUUGAGCUGAUGUACCCAUCAUCCUUGAGGGCUCGGAUUGAUGUGUUACUCUGGGAGCCCAUGAACAAAUGGACACUAAGUGACUUCUCCCUGGCCUGCAAUUUUCCCAUGACCAUGACUGAGUGUUUUAGCAAUGGCACAAUGUCAGCCCUCGCAGUGAAGGUAGAAUCCGUACCCCAGCUUGUCCCUCGUCAACUUACCCUGACGGAUCCCUCAUGUAGACCCAAAUUCAGCAACGAUCGCUUCGCCUACUUCUCUUUUGAAGCAAACAGUUGUGGAACCAGAAGAAAGUUCUAUGAUGGCGUUGUGAUGUAUCAAAAUGAAAUCACUCUGGGUAAUGGGCUGCAAGUUCACCAGCAGAAUAAAAAAGGAGUACCUGCUAUUCCUGAAGAUCCAGAGUAUCGCGUGACCAUGUCCUGCUUUUACACACUAAAUGAUACACAGACGGUUGCUUUCUUCACAAAGCCACGGGAAAAUGAACCCUUGCCAGAGACUGGUUUUGGAGAGCUGCAAGUUGUACUGAGGCUUGCUCGGGAUGGUUCUUAUAGUAACUUCUAUGUAAAGGAAGAUUACCCAGUUGUACAGUACUUAAGAAGUCCUCUGUUCUUUGAGGUGGCGCUGCUUCAGUCAACUGAUCCUCAGAUAGAGCUAGUCUUGGAGAACUGCUGGGCUACUAUGAAAGAAGACCGGAACUCUACUCCAAGAUGGGACUUGAUUGUAGAUGGGUGUGUGAAUCUGGAUGACCAUUACGAGACCAUUUUCCACCCUGUCAUUCCUAACAGCGUUCCAAACCCAUCUCAUCUGAAGCGCUUUGAAAUCAAGAUGUUUACUUUUGUGCUGAAUGAUGUUGUAUUUCAGGAGCAGAUUUUUGUACACUGUGAUGCUGUGCUUUGUGAUGCUGAGAGUGACGGCAUCUGCAAGAGACAAUGUCCAUCUCCCUUGCCUUUAAAAAAUGGAAAGAAAGUACGAAGAGAGGCGUCUAAUGUCCAAUCCCUGGGAAUGCUGGUGUCAUCAGGAAAAAUAGUGCUCUCAAGCGCUUAGUCUGUUUUGGUUCUGUCUUAAUAAAGUCUUAUUCAAAAGGC